GCGACUGCAAGCGACUCCUUAAAGGGACAGGAGCCCGGACGCCGCGACUUGGUCCGCGUUGAGGACAGGCGAGGUCCUGUAGUCGUGCUCCCUUCUCCUUUUGGGAGGGCGAGCAGAGCAUCCUCAGCCCGCCCUGUUCCCCCCGAUCCGUGCCCUCCACCUUGCCCGGAAACCUGCUCCGAUCCGCGGGCGCAGAGGCAGGGAGAGCUCGGCUCGGAUCGUGGAAGGGGAGCGAGGGACGCCGGGGGAGGCAGCGCUUCUUCGGCCGCGCCGUUGCAAGCGAGCCUCGGCUGCCGCCGCUGCCCUUUGUCCCUGCGGCGGCGCCGCCCCUUCCUCGGAGCGCCCCCAUCCGCCGCCCCCGCCGGCCGCCCCGCCGGCCGCCGGUCCACGCCCCGCUCCUCCUCCUGCGCCUGGAAGCUGCGAGGAUGGAGCGGCUCCUGCGAAGACCCCCGGCCGCCCUCCGCCGCCUCCCGCUCCUCCUUCUCCUCCUCCUGGGCGCAGCGGGCGCAGCCAGGCAGGGGCUGCAAGGUAAGCGGGCGGCGGGGACGGCGCGCUCGGUCCAAGCCCAGCCAAAGUCCCGGGUUCGAUCCCCGAAGGGCUCGCUCGUCCGGAAGCGCUGCCCGAGCUCUGGUUUAGGGGCAGAAGGUGCCGGGUUCGAUCACGGGGAGGGAUUGCUGGAGAGAUGCUGCCAGCCAGUGUCGACCAGGCGGACCCAGUGGUCGGAUUGCUGCCGGUCAGUGUCGACAAUCCGGAGCUAGACAGACUCAGUGGUCUUUUUUGCUGCUGGUCAGUGUUGGCAGCAUGGGGCUAGUCAGUGUUGGUAAUACCGAGCUAGGUGGACCCAAUGGUCCAAUUGCUGCCAGUCAGUGUCGACAGUCCUGAGUUUGAUGGACCAAGUGGUCUGACUUGUAUAUGAGACAAUCUGUUUAAAUCAGCCGAAUGCAAAAAUGGUCCUUUUCUAAACGCAGAGUAAGCUUCUAGUUCUCAUGGUUGCUUUUAAUCACAAGAGAGGGCACUGAUCAAUAGCCAGACCACUGGUCCAACUGGCUCAAUACUGACGACCUUUUAUCCAAAACCACGAGGUCUGGAUUCUUGCUUCACAUUUCUGGGAAGAACCACCACCUAACAGCAGAGCAUGUGGUUUGAAUUCAGAAUGUCCCAGGUUCCUUCUCAUGUUGGGAGGCUGAUUUAAACAGGAGCAUCGGACGAUACGCGGACUGCUGCUCCACCUAGCAGGCAUCUUUUCCUGCCUCACCUGGAAAUGCCAUCGGGGACUGAACCCUCCGCAUGCAAAGAAGAUGCUCUGCUUCUGAGCAAUAGUCCUUCCCUUAAAUCUAAAGUAAGAGUCCAGUCCUCAUGACUCUGGAUUAAGGGCUGAUUUCAGCAAGAUGUUUCCUCGCAGUCAGACUCUUAGUCCAGCUAGCUUGGACAGGGAGUCUCCAGGGUUUGGGAGGCGGGACAACGGCAUUCUCAGCCCUGCUGGAGAUGCCAGGGAUUGAACGGGAGACCUUUCGCCUGCAAAGCUGAUGGUGCAACUCUGAGUAAGAGAAGGAAGGGAAGAUGGCAAGGAGGACAACAAUUUAACCCUCCCUGUCCCCAAGUCACUAUGGCCAUCUCUAAUCCCAUGACACACACGUUUGGAUCUGCUUUUUAAAUCAUCCUUCUAUCCCCUCUCUCUCUCUUCUCUGAGAAGCUCAAGGUAGUUUACAUCUUCUUCCUUCUCCCUUUAUCCUCACACCAACCCUUCGAGGUAGGCUGAGCCAAGAGACGCUGAGCUUCUGAACCCGACUCUCUCCAGUUAAAUAUUCUAAACAUUUAAGGUUCACUGGCUGUCAAUGUAAAGAAAUAGUUUGUUGUUGUUGUUGUUGUUUAGUCGUUUAGUCGUGUCCGACUCUUCGUGACCCCCUGGACCAGAGCACACCAGGCACUCCUGUCUUCCACUGCCUCCCGCAGUUUGGUCAAACUCAUGCUGGUAGCUUCGAAAACACUGUCCCACUAUCUCGUCCUCUGUCGUCCCCUUCUCCUUGUGCCCUCCAUCUUUCCCAACAUCAGGGUCUUUUCCAGGGAGUCUUCUCUUCUCAUGAGGUAGCCAAAGUACUGGAGCCUCAGCUUCAGGAUCUGUCCUUCCAGUGAGCACUCAGGGCUGAUUUCCUUCAGAAUGGAGAGGUUUGAUCUUCUUGCAGUCCAUGGGACUCUCAAGAGUCUCCUCCAGCACCAUAAUUCAAAAAAGAAAUAGUUUAGUAUCGAUAAAUAAAGCAAUAUAUUGGUGCUGGUGUUCUUAGUUCUGCAAAUCUAACAAGUGAUCAAAAUAGGAAGAGUGAUGGUGGAGAAGUAGAGGGGGACUGAGAUAAUAUCGUAAGUUUAAGAGUUCAGCGCUUCAAAUGUUGUUGGGGGGGAUGCCACAUUUUUGAAUGCUGCCGUGCAUUAACACCAUCCUUUCCCUGCAUGGAGAAAGCCAGCUCCAAAGGCAAACCGUUGGUCUCCUAGGACACAUCUCCCUGAUGAGCUGUGUUUCUGCUUGCGGGGAUUUGUUGUCAUCUUAAUGUGGAGGAGCAUUUGGAAGUGGUGCUUCUCUCCUAUGGCCUAAAGUGGUACAGACCAUUCAAUCAGGGUCUACAGAUAACCAAAAUAAAGCAAUAGAAUGGACUGUAUCACUCCAGACACUUUGAGAAGCUUCUCCCUCCACAUACAAAAAACAAUUGAACUCUCUGUGAGGAGAAAUGUAGCACUUCAGGGAGAGCAAUGGGCAGGGAGCUUUUUACGGAGAGGAGCAUUUGCGUGUGUUGCGGAGGGGUGGAAUAAAACCUCCCCUUCACUCGGAGUCCAAGUGGCACAGUCCAUUCCGAUGCUUUGUCCAGAUGCAUGUGUGAACAGGGGAUGAAUCAAGCCCCUGAUUUGUAUGCAGAAGGUCCCAGGUUCAAUUCCCACCAUCUCCAGGUAGGACUGGGAGAAAGACCCCGUCUGAACUCCAGGAAAGCUGCUGCCAGUCAGUGUAGGCAACACUAGCCUAGAUGGACCAAUAGUUGUUUCAGUGUAAGGCAGCUUCUUCCUAUGGUCUUUUCCUCUUAUGCUUAACUCUGUGACAAUGUUCUGUGCUGCUCAGACUGGCAGCCAACCCCCCCCUCCCCCAAAAAAACCAGGCAAGUUGUUAAUCCAUCCAGGGGCCAAAUCAUCGCCAAUGGCUGUAACAUUCCUUUCCGUAGCAGCUGUCCAAAUUAAGUGUUAACGGUAUUCCUGGUUUUAGAUAUAUAUAGUUAAUCUGUUUGUACUCCAAGUUCUGGGCAGGAUCUGCCCCGACUUCUGUGCCAGGGAGUGGAAUCCGAAGAUGUUCCAGGUGGACUCUUUAUCAGACACCGCGCACACCUUUGGGAGGUCUGGUCCGGGGCGGGUGGCGAGGCUGUGAAUAUGGAGCCUCUCCUCCUGCCCAGAAGGAGACCACAGAACCCCCAGUAGAUGCAAAGGCUUCUGUGUGCUUGAACGGAGACAGUGUGCUCAAUCCAUUCUUGUAAAUAAAUAUCGGGCUGGAAGGCUGCAAGCCGGAGGCCCCCUUUUCCCAGGAUUUGCAGUGCCUUCCAUAAGUACACAAGGACAGCCUGGGGCCCAUUGACUCCAUCUACUCUCGCAGUGGCCGACCAGGACCUGAGCACAAGAACACUCUGCCCACUUGCGACUCCAUGCAACGGGCACCUAGAGGCAGAAUGCAUCUGACAGUAGAGGUAGAAUGUAGCUGUCAUGGCUAGUAGCCAUGGACAGCCUUUUCCUCCAAGAUUUUGUCCUCUUAAAGCCACCCAAGGGACGCGGGUGGCGCUGUGGGUUAAAACACAGAGCCUAGGACUUGCUGAUCAGAAGGUCAGCGGUUCGAAUCCCCCGACGGGGUGAGCUCCCGUUACUUGGUCCCAGCUCCUGCCAACCUAGCAGUUCGAAACCAUGUCCAAGUGCAAGUAGAUAAAUAGGUACCGCUCCAGCGGGAAGGUAAAUGGCAUUUCCAUGCGCUGCUCUGGUUUGCCAGAAGCGGCUUAGUCAUGCUGGCCACAUGACCCGGAAGCUGUACACCGGCUCCCUCGGCCAAUAAAGCGAGAUGAGCGCCACAACCCCAGAGUCGGCCACGACUGGACCUAAUGGUCAGGGGUCCCUUUACCUUUUUAAAAGCCAUCCAAGCUGGUGGCCAUCUAUGCCUCUUGUGGGAUUGAGUUCCACAGUUUAACAAAGAAAGACUUUCUUUUAUCUGUUCCAACAUUCAGCUUCAUUGCAGUGGUGUAGCAUGGGUUGCUGGUGCUCGGGGCAGCAUGUGUGGGAGGAAGGGAAACGUAGACAUUCAACUGCCCUGAAGCUGCAGAGAUAAGAAAAGAAGAGUCGUUCCAUUGUCUGGAGAGGUCAGUUCCUGGUUCGCACUGAGAAGCCGUUUUGAACGGAGCCCAGCGAUGCAAGCGCACAGCUAUGUUGAAGCAGCACCGGGUGUCAAAAUGUUGUGCCCCUAACAAUUUUUCACCUGGGGAAGCCGUCCCUCUGGCUCCCACCCCACGCCCUGCCACUGAUUGGAUAUCCAUGCGUUCUAGCAUUAUAAGAGAGGGAGAAAAACUUUUCCCUAUCCAAUUUCUCCAUGCCGGGCAUAAUUUUUAUAAACUUCUAUCAUGUCACCUUUUCACUAAACUAAGAAGUCCCAAACACUGCAACCUUUCAGUCCAUCCCUUUGGUGAUUUUAAUUUUGCUUCCCUGAACCUUUCCCAGCUAAACAAUAUCCUUUCUGGAGUGAGGCAGCAGGCACCGUACUGAGUUGGAAAGAGGCAGGGCUCAGCAGCAGCAAAGUUGACCUGGUGCAAACUCACCAGCAGAACUAGACUCCCUGCCAGUAUGUUCCCACUGCGCUGACCUCCCUGCUACACCCAUCUCCAUCCUGGUAUUAUUCUGCAGUGACUCAGUUACAUGAAGGUUGGGUGAGUGGGGCAGUCCUGCCAACAUUGUCUGCUGCGACUGCAAAUGAAAGAGACAUUCAGCUAGACACUCUCAAGGCAACACACCCUGCCUUUAAAUUAUAAUAAUUCCAAUCAUGAAAACAAAACUCACACACAAUAUUGCAUUGCAGUGGGUAAUGUUUUGAUGCAGGAACAAGCUGGAUGGUUGCAUUUUGUUCUGGAAAUGCAGUAAAUUAUCCUGAUGUGAAAGGAGGGCAGAGAAAUCAAGGUAGAUGAGAAUAACAAACCCUCCAAGUGCCCCUAUUUUCCAGGGACAUCCCUGAUUUAGAGAAGGCGUCCCUUUUUUUAUUUGAUCCUGGAAUGUCCCUCUUUUCCUUAGGACAUCCCUAUUUUCAUUGGAGAAAUGUUGGAGGGUAUGGAGGCAAUCCUGUACUGGGAAGGUUUUUAAAAAAUGUUUAAUUUUUAUUAUGUUUUUAUAUAUGUUGGAAGCUGCCUAGAGUGGCUGGGGCAACCCAGGAAGAUGUGUGGGGUAUAAAUAGUAAAAUCAUCAUUAUGGAAUGGGACGUCCCUAUUUUCAUAGGAGAAAUGUUGGAGGGUGUGGAAUAAAAUCCUAAAGUCAAGAAGACCUUACUUCAGGUGGAGGGUUGGGAAAGAUUGAAACUCAUCUAGGCUGCCACCUUGUGUGGAGAUCAGGAGUUGCACUUGGCUCUAAAAGCACAGCAUCUUUUCCUGAGCCAAACUUACCCGCCGUCCUGCAGAACACUUGGAAAUUGUCUGUGGCCUUCUUGGCUUGCAUAGGCAGCUGCCUCUUACCAUUGGUUGGUACUGACUGCACUGACUGGCAGCAGCUCUCCAGGGUUUUGGAAAGGGAGUCUCUUCCAGCCCUACCUAGAGAUACCGGGUCUUGAACCCAGGAUCUUGUUCACAUAUAGAAAGAUCCCACCACGGAGCUAUGGCCCUUCUCUUAAAUCAGGCAUAGGCAAAUUCGGCCCUCCAGCUGUUUUGAGACUGCAAUUCCCAUCACCCCUGACCACUGGUCCUGUUAGCUAGGGAUGAUGGGAGUUGCAGUACCAAAACGUCUGGGUUUGCCUAUACCUGCCUUAAAUAGACCGGUAAGGUUCCAGUCCUCAUGGUUCUCAGCUGAUUGGUGCGUGGUGUUGAUAACGUCAAGGUUGCAGGUUCAAGUCCUAUAUGGGAACAGCUGCAUAUUCCUGCAUUGCAGGGGGUUGAACGAGGAUGAUUCCAGCUAUACAAAGCCACUUCCGCCCUGCCAAAGGUGGUGGUGUUGCAGGCUUCACGCCCCCACCACGUGCCCCGCAUAUUGAAGGGUAGUCCCAUAAAGGUUUCUGGGGGGCAUGUCCCUGUCUGAAGCCUAUGGAGCUGAGGGCCUAAGGCACGCCCCCAAGCGGUGACCCCAGGGGAAUUCCUUUUUUUUAUUAUUAAUUUUAUAUGAUAUUUAUUAAAGUUUCAAAGAAAAAAUUACAUAAAUAAAAAGAAAAAAGAAAGAAAUAAAAAAGAAAAAGAAAAAAAAUACAAAAUACAGAAAAAAGAUAAAAAACAUUUAAAAAACACAUCAAUCUUUCUGUACCUUACAUUUCAUUUCCUUGCUUCCCUGACCUCCUCACACCUCCCUUUUUUGUAUUCAAGUUCUAUUAAUUAAUUCAGCAAUUCCUUUCCCUCUUUGUUUUUAUCUUAAUCCUUUAACUUAAUAGAUUAUGACAUUGGAUUUUCACCUGUUAACAAUCCAUUUUUACAUACACCUUAAUAACAUUGCUGAUAAAACCACUUAACUUCAUUCUGACAUCAUUCUAACAUUCAUUAAUUUUGCAAUAUUUCUGUAAAUAGUCUUUAAAUUUCUUCCAAUCUUCUUCCACCGACUCUUCUCCCUGGUCUCGGAUUCUGCCAGUCAUUUCCGCCAAUUCCAUAUAGUCCAUCACCUGCAUCUGCCAUUCUUCCAGAGUGGGUAAAUCUUGUGUCGACCCCGGGGGAAUUCCUAGUUGACGUGCAUCAGCAGGACUCCCCCUACUGGUGGUUAACCCUUCCCAGACGGGAUGAAGUCGGAUAUAGUCGGUUAGGACCAAUGCCUAAGCAUAGCUGUCAAUUUACAGAUUUGAAAAUAAGGGACCAGCAGCCUCGAAAAUAAGGGAUUAGCAGCCAAAAUAAGGGAUUUUCCAAGCACAGGUAUGUUCAACUUCUGAGCCCCUCCGAGCCAAAGGCAGAAAGCCCAGCCAGCAGCCAAACGAAGCCUCAAGUGGUGGUUCCCACAGCGCAGCAACCCGGCAAAGGGGAUGCAGCAAGGAAAACCACCAUCACCUCUCCGCUGGGAAGCGCUGAGCAAAGGCGAGUCCCCAGGCAACGCGGCCGAUUUGAUCGGCACAAGGCAUGCAAGCUCCACCCCCCAGUCGUUCUUAGACUCCUUAUUGGGUGAGCAACGCAGCCAAGCAACACAGUUGGAGCCUCCCUCCUCCCUGGCCGACAGGGAGGCAGGGAGGGAGAGGAGCUGCUUCCUUUGAAACCCAGGAAAUUUAAGGGACAUCAUCAAUAAGGGACAGCAGCGGGACACGGCACGGGGAUAAGGGACUUUCCCGCCAAAUAAUGGAUGGUUGACAGCUAUGUGCCUAAGCCAAUACUGCUCAUCCCCUGUAACCAAUAAAGUUGUGGCCUUAUUUAGCCCAUUAACCUUAAUAAUUGUGCCAUGUGUCUUUAUUUCCACUGGGGACAGUGGAACUCGCCACGCAAUUCUAUGAUUCUAUGAAUCAGGCUGUUGGUCCAUCUAACUCAGUAUUGUCCACACUGACUGGCAGCAGCUCUCUCCAGGGUUUCAAGCAGCCCUGUGUGAAGCUGCCGCCGGGGAUUGAACCUCGGACGUUCUGGAUGCAAAGCAGAUGUUCCCCCCACCGAGCUACGAACGUGCAUCAGACAGGCAGAGGGAGAAAGUGCCACGAUGCAAACUCUUUUUCUUCUGUGACGGACAGCCAGUUCUGCCAAUGCUUGACCUUUGCUCUCCCGCUGCUCCUCCCCUAGUUCUUGACCUCCUGUCGGUGACGGAGCCCAGGCAUAUGGCCAAUGUGGCUGAGAAGAUCCGCACGGAGCUGCUGACCGUCCGUGACCUCUACCUGCUCUCCACCUUCCGCCUGCCCCCCAAGCAAGGCGGGGUGUUGUUUGGGCUCUACUACAAGAAGGACAACAGCCGCUGGCUUGAAGCCACGGUGGUGGGCAAGACCAACAAAGGUGAGUGAGAGCGAGGAGACCUAGGAUCCGAACCCGCCACCCUGGCCAGGGGAAAAGAAAAGGGCCAGGAAUGUCUCAGGCCCCACUUGCACUGAGCAUUUAAAGCAGCAUUUGCUACUUUAAACAGCCACGGCUCCCCUCCCGCAAAGACCCCUGGGAACUGUAGUUUGUUAAAGACGCCGGGCGUCGUUCAGAGUCCCCCUGUUCCCCUCUGAUUCCUGGAGUUGCCUGGGAAGAGAGAUUGAGCGCUAAGCCGCUCUGAGAAUUGUAGGACGGGGGUCUCCUAAAAACUCUUAGCACCUAUAACAAACUACAACCCCCAGGUUGGUUGGUUGUUUUUUUAAAAAUUGCAAGCUGAUUCCUAACUGUUGCUCCAGCUGGGGGGGAAAAAGUCCUGAGUUUAAGUACAGUGGUACCUCGUUUUACAAACAGUCCUGUUAAUGAACUACAGUGGUACCUCAGGUUAAGAACUUAAUUCAUUCUAGAGGUCUGUUCUUAACCUGAAACUGUUCUUAACCUGAAGCACCACUUUAGCUAAUGGGGCCUCCUGCUGCCGCUGUGCCGCCAGAGCACGAUUUCUGUUCUUAUCCUGAAGCAAAGUUCUUAACCCGAGGUAAUAUUUCUGGGUUAGCGGAGUCUGUAACCUGAAGCGUAUGUAACCUGAAGCAUAUGUAACCUGAGGUACCACUGUAUUCGGUUUACGAACUCCGCAAAACCAGAAGUAGUGUUCCGGUUUGUGAACUUUACCUCGGUCUAUGAAGGGAAUCUGAAAAGUGGAAGGGCACCAGCAGUGGGAGGCCUCAUUAGGGAAAGCGCGCCUCUGUUUCAGAACGGAUUUGGUUUAAGAACGGAAUUCAGGAACGGAUUAAGUUCAUAAACCGAGGUACCACUGUAAUAAGUUAACUUUGACCUGAAAGAAACGCAUCUCCUGACCCAACUUUGUUUUACCAACCUUUUUUCUCCGUAAAUAAAUCUUUUAUUGUUCGAUCAACCCCUGCCUGAGACUCCCGGAAUGAAGACCCCCAAAAGAUAGCCUGCAGUAAAUUGUAGAAAUUCAUUUAAUUGGCGUGCCGUGAGUCCACUAUAUUUAAUUAGGGACAGUUAUCGGGGUGAGUCCAUUUACAUGUCUAAGGAGUUGGCCAUCACAACUAUAGCAUUUGCAGUCAUACCUUGGAAGUCAAACGGAAUCUGUUCCGGAAGUUCAUUUGACUUCCAAAAUGUUCAGAACCGAAGCGCGACUUCUGAUUAGCUGCAGGAAACUCCGUCGGACGUUCGGCUUCCAAAAAUAGUUCGCAAACCGGAACAGUCACUUCUGGGUUUGCGGCAUUCGGGAGCCAAAACGUUCGAAAACUAAGCUGUUUGAAAACCAAGGUACGACUGUACACAGCUUUGAAUACCAUGCCCAUCCCUUCUUUCUCUCUCUCUCUCUCCCCCCAGUCCACCUCCGAUACCUGCGGGCCGACGGGAAGGUGCAUUCGGUGAACCUGCAGAACACCAACCUGGUGGACGGGCGCAGCCACACCGCCCUCCUGCGGAUGAGCGGCCUGCAAGGCGGCCGCCUCUCGGUGGAGCUUUACGUGGACUGCAAGCUAGUGGACUCCAGCGCCGGGCAGCCUGAGAUGGCGCCCCUCGACCCGGAGCAGGUGGAGGCGGUGGAGGUUCGGACGGGACAGAAAGGCUAUCUCCGCUCGCAGGUAAGGGAGGAGAAGAAGAGCCCAGCCGCCGCCGCCGUUCCGCCACCCUUUAGUGUGACCGAGGGAUUGAUUGAUUGAUUGGGUGGUUCACAGAAAAGAUCACAAUAUACCGUAUUUUUUGCCCUAUAGGACGCACUUUUCCCCAUCCAAAAAUGAAGGGGAAAUGUGUGUGCGUCCUAUGGGGCGAAUGCAGGCUUUCGCUGAAACCUGGAGAGCGAGAGGGGUCGGUGCACACCGACCCCUCUUGCUCUCCAGGCUUCAGGAAGCUCUCCGCAAGCCGUGGGAGAGCUGUGCGAAGUCUCUCUCUUGCGGAGAGCUGCCUGCACCCAGAAGCCUGGGGCGCGCUGAGCUCAGCGCCCCCCAGGCUUCAGGCUUCGCGCAGCUCUCCCAUGGCUUGCGGACAGCAGCCUGUUCUGGGGUCGGGGAAGCUCGGGCUUCCCCCGCCCCAGCCCCGCACCUGGGGGGGAAAUAAUUUUUUCCCCUUUAUUUCCCCCCCAGAAAACUAGGUGUGCCCUAUGGGCCGGUGCGCCCUAUGGGGUGAAAAAUACGGUACAAAAUCAAAGUUAAAAACAAUAACCCAAUAACAUUUUUACAUAAAUGGUGUUCGUUGUUGAACUGCUAUAAUAUGCUGUUUGGGUAAGGCGACUAAAGCUCCAAUUAAGGCUUAGAAUAAAACCAAACACUUUUUACUUUAGAUGUCAUCAAUAUUAUGAUAGUUUGGCCUUUUAUAUAAUACACUGAUUUCUCUGAUACUUUUCAUGUACAAAUGGGAUGGGAAGCGAAGGGCAGGGCUAUGCAAAUGAAAGGGAGGGGCAGUACAGAAAGGGGCCGUCCCGGUUUGCAAUGGCUGCAGAUCUCUAGGGAGAGUGUGAUGAUCAGGAGUGACAACUUGGAUUAAAUAUGGUGGGGGGCAGCUAAGCCUCGCCACACAUAAUCGCAUGACAUGAUGCACCAGUAGAAUGGCAAAGUCCAUCAACUUUGGGGGCCCCCAGCCCCCUCAAAUACCGUAUUUUAUUAGGAGUUGGUUCCUGUGGUGCCGUUUUAAUUCUCACCAUGCCCAUAGGGUCUUUAAGAGCUGACCUUUCUGUUUCCUCCAUAAGACAAUGGCUGAAGCUUUUUAUUACGUUACGAAGCUGAUUUAUGUUAAUGAAGAAAAAUUCAGCCUUCCUCUCUUAUAGCACUCCCUCAUUUUAUUAUUAGAUUAUUAUUUAUAAUAAAAUUUGUAUUCCACCCUAUACCUGUAGAUCUCAGGGCGGUUCACAGUGUAAAAUUACAAUAUAAAAACCACAAAGAACGUAAUAAAAAUAAGAACAAAAACCAAGCCAAUAAUCCACCCCUCCCUUUCCACGACACAUUUAAAAAUGCAUCUGAUAUCCGUCAGCCAAAGGCUUUGUUGAAGAGGAACAUUUUCUCCUAAUGGUAUAUAAUGAAGGCGCCAGUUGAGCCUCCCUGGAGAGAUCAUUUCACAAACAGGGAGCCACCACAGAAAAGACCCGAUCUUGUGUUGCAACCCUCCGUACCUCACAUGGAGGAAACACACAAAGAAGGACCUCAGAGGAAGACCUCAGGGUCCAGGUUGGUUCAUAUGGAGAGAGGCGGUCCUUGAGGUAUUGAGGUCCUGAGCCGUUUAUCCGUACAGCAACCUUGUGAGGUAGGGUUGGGUGAGAUAAGUUGACUGGCAAAAGGCAGGCUUCCUCAAACUCGACCCUCCAGAUGUUUUUGGCCUACAACUCCCAUGAUCCCUAGCUAGCAGGACCAGUGGUCAGGGAUGCUGGGAAUUGUAGUCUCAAAACAUCUGGAGGGCCGAGGUUGAGGAAGCCUGGGGCAAAUUAGUAUCUGGCCCUCAUAAGUCUUUCCCAAGCCAUACCCCUGCACCCUCCUCUAAUGUUUUUGCCAGGCUAGAAUGUGUCCUUGAAUUCCUCAUGAUGCCUCUAGCCUGCCAGAAAGAAGAAUUCGAGAGGGGUGUUUGCAAUAACCAGCCUACCGUACAAAGGGGGGGGGCAUUGCAUUCAUUGCUCCUCCCACUUUUGCUUCUGGCUCCACCCACCGCCUGCAUGUGGCCCCUGGAAGGCGAAUGUGGCCCUUGAACUUUACUAGUCUCACUUGCCCCCAUUUAGGGGAUUGCAACCUAGGCGUACUGACACUGCUCCUCACCCCCAUUUCCAUCUAAGGGUUUCUUGGAAUCCCUGAAGCUGAUCCUGGGAGGCUCAAUGAGCCGCGUGGGAGCCUUAAGCGAAUGUCCCUUCCAGGGGGAUGAAUCCAUGCAGAACACUGGUAAGGAUUUCUUCGGCUUUUUAUUUGAACGGCCAGAGCGGGAUAUUCCGUUCACGUUCAGGAUCUGGGCUCAGGGUCCUGUGGAGCAUUCCCACUAUGGCCGCAUUCACACAACACGUUUAAAGCCGUGUCGGACCGCUUUAACCCCAAAGGAUUCUGGGAGCUAUCAUUUGUUCAGGGUGCUAAGAGUUGUAAGGAAACCCACCCCGAGCUACAAUUCCCAGAGUGGUUUAACAGUCAAUCCAAUCUCACAGAGAACUCUGGGAAUUGUAGUUCGGGGCUGGGAGGGAUAGGAGGGGUUUCCUAACAAUUUUCGGUAUCUUUAACACACUACAGGUCCCAUAAUAUUUUUGGGGAAGCCAGGGCUGCUUAAAGUGGGAUGAGAGCUUUUUAAAUGGAUGCUGUGAAUGUGGCCUCUGAGUUACAAUGGAACCUCGGUUGUUGAACAUUUCGGAAGUCAAACAAUUUGGAACCCAAAUGUCAACAACCCUGAAGUGAAUGCUUCCGUUUUCGAACGCGCCUCGGAAGUCGAAGCGUUUCUCCAUUUUUAAAAAAGGAAUUUGCCGACUGGCAAUUGCACCUCGUUUGUUGAACAUUUCGGAAGUCGAGCAGUCUUCCGAAAUGGAUUACGUUCGACAACGGAGGUUCCACUUUAUUCUGAUAGCAGAGGCCCACAUCCUCGGUUUGAGUCCACCAGUGUGUUAUUGAACUUCUUCAAGUCCUUACAUAACAUUUUAAUUCUGUUUUCUUUUCCAUUUCAGUAUCCAACGUGAUCAAUUCCCUCUUUGGUGAGUCUGAUGACUGCUCCUUGGUUAUGUCCCCCUCAUCCAUGUGUGUCUCAGAACAAAUCUUGUCUUCUUAAGCACAAGCUUUUUCCUCAGUUACAGAGCUUGUUGGGUGGUGCGGGCAAUGAUGUUCUUGGUUCAAGCAUCUUAAGUCUUAAGGCGUGAGUGGGCAAACUAAGGCCCGGGGGCCGGAUCCGGCCCAAUUGCCUUCUAAAUCCGGCCCACGGAUGGUCCAGAAAUCAGCGUGUUUUUACAUGAGUAGAAUGUGUCCUUUUAUUUAAAAUGCAUCUCUGGGUUAUUUGUGGGGCAUAGGAAAUCGUUCUCCCCCCCACAAAAAAAUAUAGUCCGUCCCCCCACAAGGUCUGAGGGACAGUGGACCGGCCCCCUGCUAAAAAAGUUUGCUAACCCCUGUGAGGUGUUACUAGCAGUACAUAAAGCCCUUAACAGCUUGGGACUAGUUUACCUGCGGAGAUUGCUUUACCCCAAAUAUUCCCAUUUGAUAGCUUUGAUCAGUGGAACCGGUUCUGUUACACGUGCCCCAUAAUACUCAUUCUGCAUUUAUAAGAGGUCAGUCUUUUAGCUUGGCGGUACCUGAACUUUGGCAGCACCUGAACUGUUGACGUCAGGCAGACACCUUUGCAAUACACUUUUCGGUGCCUGCUAAAAAUAUCAUUGUUUAGGCAAGCCUAUCCAGACCUGUAGAACAUCGGCAUGUGUUUUGACCUGGCUUUUUAGCUUAUCGACGAUCUUAAUUAUUUUUCAAAUGUUUUAAACGGUUGCUUUCCCGCUGAUAAUUUCAGCAUUUCUUUCAGCAUUUGUAAAACACCUUCUGAGGUGGUUUUUCUUGUACAUAAAUGGAUUUCCCAUAAAAAUAAAUAAGUCGAGGCAAUUGACUUUCCCCCAUUGUUGUGACAGGGGAGCAAACCAGGGCCCUCGUGAAACAACUCACCCUUUUCAACCAGAUCCUGAUGGAACUUCAGGAGGACAUGAGAGACCAGGUGAGAGGGGGACAAUAAGCCCAGGUAAGGUCAACCUGGGGAGGGGGGUAUACAACUUUGCAAAAAAAAAAAGAAAUCUCAACCACUUUCAUGUCUGUAUUUUCACCUUUUGAAAUAUGGCAACCCUACACUGAAAACCUUUCCUAUUCGGUCAGCGUAAAAGGAAUACAUCUUUUCAAAAUAGCUACUGUUAUGUACUGAAGUUCUCACCCUGGGCCAGCAGGGGGAUACUGUAGAUAGUUUUCACUCAGGUCCGCAUAUGCAAAUAAGGAAGUAAAAGUAACGUUCAGUGAUUGGAUAGUUACAGAAAGUUGUUACUGUUGCUUUGUAGUUGAGCUCUAUAUAAACAGGCUGGCUGAACCCUUCAGCUCAGUUCUGUUCUGGCCUGUGAAUAAACAAGAGCUGUCUGAAGAAUCGCUGUGUCAUCUGAUAUGUUCACCCACAACUUAACAGCUACCCAAUUUCUUAUUAUUAAUAUUUUUUGUAUUGUUUGGUUUGCUGCGCAGUUGUUGCAAACUACUCUGCUGCCCCAUUUCCUUGUCCAUUGCUCCAGCGCCACAUCUGCGGCGCACUCCAUUGCGCACAGUGAUGUGUCUCUGUUCUUCCCAGGUGAAGGAGAUGUCUUUGAUCCGGAACACCAUCAUGGAAUGUCAGGUGUGCGGUGAGUGCCGAGGGAGGGGACUGGGUGGGAAAGACUGAAUGACGUGAAAUUGGGUGCUUUCCUGGACUGAGGCAAGCACUGUUCAUGAUUAUAUGUUGGGCUUUAAGUUAUGUGAAAUUCCCAGCACUAAAUGCUUAAAGAGACCCCUUGAGUCGAUUGCCACAUUUAGCAACAUCGAUAAAAUCUAUUACCUGCUGUCUGGCUUGGACAAACUGGUUAUAUUUAACACAGUGAAGUUUGUGCUAAAAGCCUCUCAGCUCAGGAAAGCCCUAAAGUCCUGUCUUGCACACAGAGUUGUCCGCCAUUUGUCUAUAUCUGUGAAGUGUUUUAUAAUGUUUUAAACAUAUGUGCUAUAAUCAGUGCUUUUUUUCCUAACAAAAAUGUUUAGAGGUACUCUCAUUUUAACUCAAGAAAACCACCAUUUUAUAGUUCAAAUCGGGAAAAAUGAAUACAGUAAAUGGACAAAAGUACAAAGAUUCACAAAAUGGUUAGAGGCAUGCGUCCCCCCAGGGGAAAAAUAGCACUGGCUAGAAUAUGUUUUUGAGAUGUGUUUUUGUUUGCUCUUGGCUAUAACCUGUAUUUGGUUGACCAAUAAAAUCUGAUGAUGAUGAUUUCAUCAGUCAUCCUAGCACAGCCUUCUGGGGUGGGUCACUUGCCAUAUUAUUAUUAUUAUUACCUUGCCCAUCUGACUGGGUUACCCCAGCCACUGUGGGCAGCUUCCAACAUAUAUAAAAACAUAAUGAAACAUCAAACAUAAAAAAAAUUCCCUAUACAGGGCUGCCUUCAGAUAUUUUCUAAAGGUUGUUUAUUUACUUAUUUCCUUGGCUCUGGGGUUGCAUAAAUCCAUACCCUCCAACAAUUCUCUGAUGAAAAUAGGGACGUCCUAGGGGAAAGCGGGACAUUCUGGGAUCAAAUCAGAAACUGGGACAGCUUCUGUAAAUCCGGGACUGUCCCUGGAAAAUAGGGGCACUUGGUGGGUCUGCAAUAGGACUGGAAUAUGGGCCCAGAGCAAAUGCCCAACCCUUGAUGCAGGCUCUGGUUGUCAGCAUCCUUCCCCUUAUUAUUCCUUUGCUCCAGUAUUCUGUGACUUGACCCCUCGCUGCCAUCGUUCCCCCUCCUCCCCACGACAGGGUUUCACGAACACCGCUCCCGCUGCAACCCAAAUCCUUGCUUCAGCGGCGUCGACUGCAUGGAGACCUACGAGUACCCGGGAUACCGUUGCGGACCUUGUCCGCCAGGCUUUGAAGGCAACGGCACCCACUGCGCCGACAUCAACGAGGUAAGCAUGGUAGUUUUAGCGUCAUUCAACUAGGAAUUUGGCCGUCCUGAGGCUGAGGUUUAGCUGCCAGCCAGAUUCAUCAUCCUCUGUGCUGCAGUCGACACGGUCGUGCUCAGAUCUCGGUGACCUCGCAGUUUCCAGCUCGAUGCCAGAUCAGAUUUGUCAUUCUUUGGCAAAGGGUUUUAUUCCACCACAAACUCUUAGGCUGAUUUACAGAUGAUCUUGCUUAAUGGUCCCACCCCGCUUUCUUAAGGUCAAGUGUUUUCUUUGUUCGGUUUCUUUCCUUGGGCAAUAACUCUGAACGAUUUUUGCCUGCUGUUAACUCUUCUCUUUUUGUGUGUGUUGAAUAAUCCCCCGCCCAAUUUUUUUUAUUGGUUUUCCAAAUUUAUAAUAAACACAAAAAGAAAACAUACAACAAACAAACAAACAAACAAACAUAUAUCUUAACUGUUAGAAUCCCACUUUAAAUAACAUUGUUAGGUGAUUUCCUCAGAUCCCCCCAACUGUGUUUCCAUAAUACUCAUUUUAGCAGUUUUCCAAUAUCCACUUUCAAAUAAAAUUAACUUGUUCCAUUAACAUCUUUCUUUCUUUUCAUAUUGCUCUCAAUCCAUAAUGUUAAACAAUCAAUCUGUUUUACUCCUAGGCCAAUUUGGUACUUUCAAGUAGUUCUACUUAAUUUAUGUUUGAGUAUCUUGCUAAAUAGUCCUUAAAUUUCUUCCAUUCUUCUUGAUGUUCCUCUUCCUUCCGAUCGCGGAUUCUUCCGGUCAGGUCAGCCAGCUCCAAAAAAUCCAUCAUCUUCACCCGCCAUUCCUUAAUUUUUAUUUGAUUUCAAGAAAACAAAACAGAGGAACUUCUAGUAAACACACCUAACAGAAUCUUGCUACCGACACAGCAAUGCAAAUCUUUAUUACGGUCAUAGAGCAGCAUUAACGCUACCAAGACAGAGUCACAUCAAACGAUGAAAUUAUCUUGGAAUAAUUGCCAGUUUUGUGUGAUUAUUAUGCAUCAGUAUAACCCGUCGAGAGCAAGUUGUGGGUAUUGGAAGGGCCUGAGAAUUUUGUAAAACCUAAUAAACAAAGUGAUUGUUUUAAAAAAUGAGAUAGGCAGGUACAGUAGUGCCUCGCAAGACGAAAUUAAUCCGUUCCGCGAGUGUCUUCGUCUAGCGGUUUUUUCGUCUUGCGAAGCAACCCUAUUAGCGGCUUAACGGAUUAGCGCUAUUAGCGGUUUAGCAGCUAUUAAAGGCUUAUCAGCUUAGUGGAUUAGCUGCUAAAAGGCUAUUAAAGGCUUAGCGGCUUAGAUAAGGGGGGGGGGAGCGAAAAAAAUAUCUCAAGACUCGCAAGACAUUUUCGUCUUGCGAAGCAAGCCCAUAGGGAAAUUCGUCCUGCGAAGCAACUCAAAAACGGAAAACCCUUUCGUCUAGCGGGUUUUCCGUCUUGCGAGGCAUUCGUCUUGCGGGGCACCACUGUAGCAUGGUGUUGAGGGUUGGCACCAAUUUGAAGAGGAAGGACUCACAACGGAGGUCUCCUGUCGUCCACAGUGUGCCCAUGCCAACCCCUGCUUCCCUGGAUCCAAAUGUCUCAACACGGCACCCGGUUUCCGCUGCGAACCCUGCCCGCCCGGCUACAAGGGGAACCUCAUAUCUGGAGUAGGGGCAGACUAUGCCAGAGCCAGCAAACAGGUGAGGAUUUUUUUGGGGGGGGUGUUUCUUUUAUAUAAAACCAAGAUUGCCCAUGGGGUUAUAUUCCUUUGUCCCAGGCACAUGGUGGAACAGGCAUCAUUACUGGUGCUGCAAAAUGCUCGUUCCCCAUUUGUAAGAAACCAACCUUUUCGGGUAGCAGCAUCUACACUUGGGAACUCCCUGCCUAUUGACACCAAAGAGGGGCGUUUGCCACAUUCUUUUCUGCUAAAAAAGUUUUGGCUUAAGGACUUGCCGAUCAGAAGGUCAGCGGUUCGAAUCCCCACGACGGGGUGAGCUCCCGUUGCUCGGUCCCUGCUCCUGCCACCUAGCAGUUCGAAAGCACGUCAAAGUGCAAGUAGAUAAAUAGGUACCGCUCUGGCGGGAAGGUAAACGGUGUUUCUGUGCGCUGCUCUGGUUCGCCAGAAGCGGCUUAGUCAUGCUGGCCACAUGACCCGGAAGCUGUACGCCGGCUCCCUCGGCCAAUAAAGCGAGAUGAGCGCCGCAACCCCAGAGUCAGUCACAACUGGACCUAAUGGUCAGGGGUCCCUUUACCUUUACCUUUUAUCCAGACACGUACAAUGUUGUCACGUUUUUAUCUUAUUGUUCAUUUUAAUUACCUUUCAAGUGUGUUUUUAGCUGUGUUUCAACAAUCAUUUCAUUGUUUUAUUCUUUUUGUAAACCACUCUGAGGUGUUUUCUUACAUGUGCUGUUAGCUAUUACAACGACAGUCGAUUUAUUGAUCACCUUCUAAGGCACCAUCUCAAGACGAUUUCCACAUAAGGCAAUUUAAAACAGUUAAAAAGGCAAAAACAACAGACGGGUUUAAAAUUGGACUAAAACCGUUGCAAGUGGAUGCUUGUGGGCGAUUGAGCGAUAUAUAAAUUUUGUGCAAUAAAUCAAUAACGAAUAGAUGAAUAAGCAAAGGUUCCAAUAAAUAACAACUCGAGAGGGGCCUUUAUUUCUUUAUGUAUUGCAUUUAUAUAUCAAAACGAUCUCUCUCGUCUCUCCAGACUUGCACAGACAUUGACGAAUGCAACGAUGGGAACAAUGGCGGAUGUGACCCCAACGCCAUCUGUACCAAUACAGUGGUGAGUCUGUCUAGGGUGAAGAAAUGUGGUCCACCAUGUGAAAACAGGCCCCAGGGACUGAAGAGGCUAUGGUUACUUGCCCAGGCUGUCCUUAUGCUACCGGGACUGGUUCAGGUUCUUGUAUUGAUUUGCAAGGCCCUGAACAAUUUGGAUCCAGGAUACUUCAAGGAUCACCUGAUCCUUUAUUUCCCUGCCCAAUCAGGGAGCUGUUUGGGGGAGCCACUGCUAGGAGUCCACCAUGCUAGGGGUCUCCCAUGCCUCAUAUAAACGUCCACACGCUCCAACACUUUGAGGCCAAAAUCCUGGACACCGUCUUCCCGGCUGCCACUUUCUCGUUUUUUAAUCACAAGAGCACGGCAGCCAUUUUGGUUCUUGCAUUCUCAUACAAUUUCACACUGUGGUUUCCCCUCCUAAAAAAAGCACUUUUGGAGUGCGGCGCCCCAGAAUGCAUGUUUUUGGGUGCCGCACGAAGGUUGCGGCCACGAAAAAAGGAUUUUUUUUUGCUGGGGGCGAGAAUCACGCCACAAAAUCACAUGAGAUCAAGGCAACCAAAAUGGCAACCGUUCUCUCACAGUAAAAAAAUGGGAUGUUCCAGUUUUUCUGUGACACUUGGGGGCAUGCACAUCUUGUAUCCAUCAGAACUUGUGCAUUUAGGAGUGUGGGUCCAAUUUUGCGCAGUUCCCUUCCAGCUGAAGUCAAACAGUCCCCUUCCCUGUUGAACUUCCAGCUGAGCAGGGCUUGUGUGGGGUGAGGCCGAGGGAGAGCCCUGAGAGCAUCGGAGCCAACUCCUAGGGGCCAAGGUCCCUUCGCCCCCAAAGUUGAUGGGCAUUGUUAUUUAAAUAGUGUGUGCGUGCCACAUUCAUUAUGCAAAAGGAGGGUUGCCGGAGGGGGGAGGGGCCACAUUUGGCCCCUGGGCUCAGAGUUCCUCACCCCUGCUGUAUGGUAAACUAUUGAUUAUCCCUCAUAUUGGAGGCUGAGAAAGAGCGGCUUGCCUAAGGCUGCUUAAGUGGGUUUGUGGGACUGGCUCUGAAGAACCCCUUUGUUCCUAUUUGAACUACAGUGGUACCUCGGGUUAAGAACUUAAUUCGUUCUGGAGGUCCGUUCUUAACCUGAAACUGUUCUUAACCUGAAGCACCACUUUCGCUAAUGGGGGCCUCCCGCUGCUGCUGCGCUGCUGGAGCACGAUUUCUGUUCUCAUCCUGAAGCAAAGUUCUUAACCCGAGGUACUAUUUCUGGGUUAGUGGAGUCUGUAACCUGAAGCGUAUGUAACCCAAGGUACCACUGUAGUCCUUUAAAACCAUGAGGACUGGAAUCUUGGUUUCUUUUUGGGUGCAGGACUGUGGCUCAGUGGGAGAGCACCCUCCUUGCCUGCAGAAAAGGUCCCAGGUUCAAUCCCCAACAUAUCCAGGUAGGGCUGGGGAUAUCUGCCCCUCUUGCUUAGAAUCCUGGACAGCUGCUGCCAGUCAGUGUUGACACUACUGAGUUAGAUGGACCAACAGUGUUCCACGUUUCUGCAAAAAAACCAACACACACAAAAAACACAUUUCCUUUUCGUUUUGUUUCCCUUGGUAGGGAUCCUACAAAUGUGGGCCUUGCAAGUCGGGUUUUGUGGGGAACCAGAACGGGAGCUGCACCCCGCAGAAGACCUGCCAGAGCCCCAGUCACAACCCCUGCGACAUCAAUGGAUACUGCCUCUUCGAACGCAACGGGGACGUUUCUUGCGCGGUGAGGCAAAAUUGGGGCGAAUGCAUUUAGGGGUGCCAUAUUGUUGAGCUUUUUUGCCAAAUUUGAAAAUGAUGUUUUUGAGCUAUCUCCAAAACCACAUUUCUUGUGAUUUCCCCUGGACACUGCUUCCUAAUGCAGUAUUCUGGGUGUAUGGCAACUCUACAUACAUUUAAAGUGCUAUGAUGCUAGUUUAAACAGGCAUGGCUUCCCCCAAAGAAUUCUGGGAAAUGUACUUUGUUACGUGAGCUGAGAGUUGUUCGUUGUUGUUUAGUCGUUUAGUGGUGUCCAACUCUUCGUGACCCCCUGGACCAGAGCACACCAGGCACUCCUGUCUUCCACUGCCUCCCGCAGUUUGGUCAAACUCAUGCUGGUAGCUUCGAGAACACUGUCCAACCGUCUCGUCCUCUGUCGUCCCCUUCUCCUUGUGCCCUCCAACUUUCCCAACAUCAGGGACUUUUCCAGGGAGUCUUCUCUUCUCACGAGGUGGCCAAAGUACUGGAGCCUCAGCUUCAGGAUCUGUCCUUCCAGUGAGCACUCAGGGCUGAUUUCCUUCAGAAUGGAGAGGUUUGAUCUUUUUGCAGUCCAUGGGACUCUCAAGAGUUAUUAGGAAGUCCCUAUUCCCCUCACAGAACUACAAAUACCAGCAUUCCCUAGAAGAAGGAUUGUGUGUUAAACCACUCUGGGAAUUGUAGCCCAGUGAAGGGAAUAGGGGUCUCCCUACAACUCUCAGCAACCUUAACAAACUGCACCUUCCAGAAUUCUCUGCGGGAUGCCAUGGUAGUUCAAAGGGUCAUCCUAGUGCUUCAAAUGUAUGGUGUGGACUUGCAAGUUGCCCCUGCUUUCCAUUGGCUCUGGCGCCACCUACUGUUGGUCUUCCAUCUUGCCACCAUUGCAAAGCGGCCAAGAGACUUCUCUCGCACAACACAAAUCAAUCUGCCUCCUUUCCCCCAGCUCUGCAGUGUCUUUUUUUUUUGAGUUGGAACUGAUCCUGUGUUCGUACAAAUUCCAUUCUACACCUUGCAGUCAUGGGCAUCUACAGGGUUUUCCCCUGGAGGGGACAGGGGACGGGGUGUGUGGAAAAGUAAAACACAGAAAAGAGGGAGCAGGCUAAUUGUUUCUACCCCACCUCCAAAUUAGAAGAAUCCAUACAUUUUAUUUAUCUACUUAUUUACUGCAGUUAUAUCCCACCUUUUCUCCAAGGGGUUCAAGGGGGCGGGUAUACUUCUGUUCCCUAUUUUAUCCUCACAACAACCCUGUGAGGUAGGUUAGGCUGGGAGUCAGGAGUAAUAAUAAUAAUAAUAAUAAUAAUAAUUUAUUUAUACCCCACCAUCUGGCUGGGCUUCCCCAGCCACUCUGGGCGGCUUCCAACAAAAUAUUAGAAUACAGUAAUGCAUCAAACAUUAAAAGCUUCCCUAAACAAGGCUGCCUUCAGAUGUCUUCUAAAAGUCUGGUAGUUAUUUUUCUCUUUGACAUCUGGUGGGAGGGCGUUCCACAGGGUGGGUGCCACUACCGAGAAGGCCCUCUGCCUGGUUCCCUGUAACUUGGCUUCUCGCAAUGAGGGAACCACCAGAAGGCCCUCGGAGCUGGACCUCAUUGUCCGGGUAGAACGAUGGGGGUGGAGACGCUCCUUCAGAUAUACGGGAUCGAGGCCGUUUAGGGCUUUAAAGGUCAGCACCAACACUUUGAAUUGUGCUCGGAAACAUACUGGGAGCCAAUAUAGGUCUUUCAAGACCUUGGUUAUGUGGUCUCGGCGGCUGCUCCCAGUCACCAGUCUAGCUGCCGCAUUCUGGAUUAGUUGUAGUUUCCGGGUCACCCAAUGAGGUCACCCAAUGAGCUUCAUGACCUGGUAGGGGUUUCUCAGGUCCUAGUCCUGCACUCUAACCACUGCACCACACUGCCUUUUUGCCUUGUACCUCAGGUUCUACGAUUUCUAGAAGCUAGCUCUUCUUUUCAAUGAAGGCUGAAAUCGACAGAUUAUUAUUAUUCAUAUGAGGCGGGGGGCAAAUGUCCCCACACCCCCAACUUGCAGACAGUCGGGGACAAUGGGGGGUGAUACCUGUAGUACCAGUUGUUGCAAAAAUAUUGUUUCCUCUUUGCCUUCCCAGUGCAGCGUGGGUUGGGCUGGGAACGGCAAUGUGUGCGGACGCGACACCGACAUCGAUGGCUACCCAGACGAGCCUUUGCCCUGCAUUGAUAACAACAAGCACUGCUCCAAGGUAAGAUGUGGCGGCAGGAGGAACCAAAGGGCCUAUCGAUGGCUACUAGCCACGUUGGCUAUACUCUGCCUCCACAGUCUGAGAGAGUAAUGCUUCUGAAUACCAGUUCCUGGAAAACACAGGAGGGGUGAGUGCUGUUAUAUGUGUCUUAAAGGUAAAGGGACCCCUGACCAUUAGGUCCAGUCGUGGCCGACUCUGGGGUUGCGGCGCUCAUCUCGCUUUAUUGGCCAAGGGAGCCAGCGUACAGCUUCCGGGUCAUAUGGCCAGCAUGAUUAAGCCGCUUCUGGCGAACCAGAGCAGUGCACGGAAACACCGUUUACCUUCCCGCUGGAGCGGUACCUCUUUAUCUACUUGCACUUUGACGUGCUUUCGAACUGCUAGGUCGGCAGGAGCAGGGACCGAGCAACGGGAGCUCACCCAAUCGCAGGGAUUCGAACCGCCGACCUUCUGAUCGGCAAGUCCUAGGCUCUGUGGUUUAACCCACAGCACCACCCGCGUCCCAUAUAUAUGUGUGUCUUAUAUAUAUAUUUAAUCAAAGUAUUUCUCUCCUGACAUAUCUUCCUAUAUACAUAAAAAUGUAAGCCUGUCAUCAUGCAGCUGCUGUUGGAGAAUUAAAACCCCAUUUAAAUCAUCCCUUUCUUCAGAAACAUGAGGACUGAAAUCAUAGAAUUAUGUUUUAAGGGAAAAGCUAUAGCUCAGGGGUAGAGUUUGUGCUAUGUGUGCAGGAUGUGGCAGGUUUGGUCGCUGGCAUCUCCACCGAGGACUGGGGAAAACCUAUGUCGGAAACCCUGAACAGUCGCAGCCGGUUAGGGAUUUCUUCUGACUUGUCCCACCCUCCACCUUGCCCCUUUUCACGCAGGACAACUGCCGGCUUACGCCGAACUCGGGUCAAGAGGAUGCUGACAACGAUGGCAUUGGGGACCAGUGUGACGACGACGCAGAUGGCGAUGGGAUCAAGAACGUGGAGGUAGGCCCAAGCGCAACUUCCCACUCAGGCUGGAUGUAUCGGACAAGAGUGAGGGUAGGGAACCUUUUCUGGACAAGGACCACAUUACACUCAUGGGCAACCUCCCUGGGGCCGCAUACCAAGCUGGGUGCAGCCAGAGACGCACCCCACUCUCCAUCCUCCCAUCUAGGCAAGCACAAGGUAUUAUCCCAGUCCAAGUACUUGUUCCAACUAGGUAGAACCAAAGGGGAUGGGCAGCUUUUAAUGUUUAAUAGACUAUUGUAUUUUAAUAUUUUGUUGGAAGCCGCCCAGAGUGGCUGGGGAAACCCAGCCAGAUGGGCAGGGUAUAAAUUAUUAUUAUUAUUAUUAUUAUUAUUAUUAUUAUUAUUUAUUGUGCAGAGGAAGGCUGGUGAAGGGUGUGGCCAGGGAAAAGGGAGUGUGGCUGGAUCAGAGGACCAUGGGUCAGACAGAGAGGGCAAUUGGGCCCUGGGCCUGAGGCGUCCCAUCCCGAGAAGCAUUAAGGAUAUAGGCUCUUAGACCUUCUUAUCCCAUAUACAACACUCCCCUAUUUCUAGCCCCUUUGCAAAGGAUCAGACCACACACUGCAAAGUAUGUUUAGAACGCUUUACUUACAGAUUCAAGGUCUCAGUCAUGCUUUGUUCCAUGCAGCAGCAAGGAUAACGCAGGCAAAAUGCUCUUGGGUAGAAAAUGCAGAAUAUAGUUCCAAACACAUGCUGCAAACUUGGGAGCGAGCUCACACAUGUCUGUCUUGGUGGACUGCAUGAUGAGAGAGAGGGGGGGAGUAGAAAGUCUCCGUCUCCAGAGGAGAGGGGGCGUGACCUAGCUGAGUCUAUCUAGCAGUGCAACUCUGUGGUUGUUUACCCCCUUCAUGCACUAACUAACAGCAACGCAUAGUUAUGUUUGACUGCAACCUUCCACAAAAGGAACAUCAGGAAACGGGGCAGAAGAACCAGCACUGCAAUCAGGAAAGCUCAGGCGAUGUUCCCCAUGUCUGAAUUCACCUUUUUCUCUCUCUUGUGCCCUGGUCAUAGGACAACUGCCGUCUCUUCCCCAAUAAAGACCAGCAGAAUUCAGACACAGAUUCCUUUGGGGAUGCUUGUGAUAACUGCCCCAACGUACCCAACAAUGACCAGAAAGACACAGACGGCAACGGGGAAGGGGACGCUUGCGACAAUGACAUCGACGGCGACGGUGAGUGGAAAGGUCAAAUCCUGGUAGAGUUCGUAUGGCUGGCUUUGUCAUACAGGUGGAGCCAGCACCCACCAAAGCUAAGGACAGACGGAUGAGUCUUCUUUCCAUUCCAUGCCCAUUUUUGCAUUCAUUCAGUCAUAGUUCUGUCCUGUCCUGUUUUCUGAGGUUUAAGAAAUAUGUAAGCCCUCCCCAAAAGGGGAAAUAACACUUAUUUAUUUCCUUCAGGUCUUUGUACACCACCCUUUAGCCAAAAAAGGAUCUCCUAGAGUGGUUUCCAAAGAUCAAUAUUAAGAUUGCAUUCAAAGAAAAUGCACAGCACAUGAGGAAAAGGGAAUGGGAGGGAGGAGGAAAGGCCAAGCCCAGGCACAGGUUUCUCAGGUUACGGUUUUUAUAACACAGUUAAUAUGUCUGAUCUGAGAAAAGAAAUUUAACAUCCAGUACAGAAGCAUGACAACACACGCUCUAAGGAUGUUUUUUUUUUUAAUUAAAAAAAAAAGCUAUUGGGAAGCAAUUCAACUUAGCGUAUUUUUUGCUCUAUAAGACUCACGUUUUCCCUCCUAAAAAGUAAGGGGAAAUGUGUGUGCGUCUUAUGGAGCGAAUGCAGGCUGUGCAGCUAUCCCAGAAGCUAGAACAGCAAGAGGGAUUGCUGCUUUCACUGUGCAGCGAUCCCUCUUGCUGUUCUGGCUUCUGAGAUUCAGAAUAUUUUUUUUCUUGUUUUCCUCCUCCAAAAACUAGGUGCGUCUUGUGGUCUGGUGCCUCUUAUAGAGCGAAAAAUAUGGUAAUUAAUUGUACCCUGGAGAGCUGCUGCCUAUCAGUGUAGACAACACUAAGCUAGAUGUACUCGGUUUAAGGCACUUUCCUGUGCUCCUAUGAAACAGCCCCUUUCCCCCUCUCCCAUUCCCUAGGAAUUCCCAAUGGGCUUGACAAUUGCCCCAAAGUGCCCAAUCCACUGCAGACGGAUCGCGACGAAGACGGCGUGGGAGACGCCUGCGACAGUUGUCCUGAGAUCAGCAACCCCACUCAGGUAUGAGCGUUGUAACAUCCUACAGUUCCCGGGAUCCUCAGGCAGUGGUGUCCAAACUAUUUUCAAAGAGGGCCAGAUUUGACGGUGAAGGGCCGUGAGGGCCAACCAAACGGCCGACCAAAGUUGUUAACCUUUUUUUAGGAUUGAAGUUGUUGAGGGUUUUUUUUUUAGGAUUUUUACCCUAGGAAAUAAACUGCCACAGGGGCCGGAUUAAACUGACCGGCAGGCCGGAUUGGGCACCCUAAACGGACUUUGGACAUGCCUGCAGUUUAGGGGAAGCCAUGGCGAUUAAAAUGACAUCAUCAUGCUUUAAAUUUGCGGUGAAGAUGAGAGGGGCGUUUGCGUGUGACUCCAGGGAUGCUCGUUUGCUUACUCACCUGAGGCCAUGCUCUCUUUCAGACAGAUGCGGACAGCGACCUGGUGGGUGACGUCUGCGACACGAAUGUGGACAGGUGAGGAAAAAGCAAAACAAAAACCCAAACCUAAAACCCGCGAAAGUGCAUGAUCUCAAAAUCUAUAUUGUCUAUUUGUCCUUCUAUGUAUUCAGAUACCUGUUAAGAUAUCAUUACCAAUUUGGCAUGAUGGCCCCUGAUAUCAAGGAGCAGGUUUGGGUCUAUGUUUGGACCCCAUUUUGAAUCAAUUUGGUAUUUUGAAUUCACUGCUAUUUUCCCAGUGCUAUUUUUCUAGAAAAAGAGAUACUUCGGCCCAGUAUACCUGAAGGAGCAUCUCCACCCCGGUUGUUCAACCCAGACACUGAGGUCCAUCUCCAAGGGCCUUCUGGCAAUGUGAGGUUGCAGGGAACCAGGCACAGGGCCUUAUUGGUAGUGGCACCUGCCCUCAGAUGUCAAGGAAAUAAAUAACUGUACAACUGAAAGCAGCACCGAAGAUUUUAAUGUUCUAUGUUUUAUCAUAUCAUUUUAUCAUAUAUCUAUAUACUGGAAGCCGCUCAGAGUGGCUGGCGCAACCCAGUCAGAUGGACAGGGUACAAAUAAUAAAACUGUUGUUGUUGUUCAGUGAUGGCGACGGUCACCAGGACACGAAAGACAACUGUGCAGAGAUCCCCAACAGCUCCCAGCUCGAUUCAGACAACGACGGGCUGGGAGACGAGUGUGACAAUGACGACGACAACGACGGGAUCCCCGAUUAUGUGCCCCCGGGCCCUGACAACUGCCGUCUCGUCCCUAAUCCCAACCAGAAGGAUUCUGAUGGUGAGCGCAGGAUAAUUGAAAGUGGAAUCCGUUCAGAAUUCUUUACGUCAAUGGCACCAGCUACAAAAUGGCUGCUGUGGCAUUUGGGGGGGGGUAUGGCACGACACAAAAUGGAUGCCCUGCUAUGUGGCGUAGCGCAAAAUGGCUGCCGCACCUCGGAGAACAGAAAAAGAGACAGGACCACAAAAUUGUGAGGGGAUGUCCAUUCAGUGCGUGAAAAGGCACCUACAUCCACCGCCCCUGGUCUCGCUCGCAGAAAGAAGCUCUUUACACCUCUCCUUUGUACAGAACAGAGACAACAUCUGUUUACUGAGACCUUUUUGAGGCACCAUAGGAGGAGGAGUGUGUCACACUGGCGGUCCCCAGACUGCCUCCUUCUCAAAGAGUAGUGCCUUGAAGGGAGCACACAGAAUUGCAGAUGAAAUUGGACUUAUUAGACCUGUGGAUGUGGCUAGACUCCAGCUCCCAUCAGCCCCGGCCAGCAGGGCCAAUGGUCAGGGAUGAUGGGAGUUGUAGUGACGUCUAGAGAGCCACAGGUUCACCACCCAUCUCACAUCCUACCUCACAGGGUUGUUGUGAAGAUUGAAACAGAAUAUUGGGGAGGGGGAGAACCUUAUACGAUACCCCAAACUAAGAUCAUUGCUCACUUCCCCACUCAGAUCAUGAACACCACAACCAAGGCAGGCCAGAGGUUGCAGGUCUCCAGCUCCUUCAGCCAUCGGGGUUAAUGGGAACUGGAGUCCAGCAACAUCUGGGGAGAUCCAGGCUCCCCACUCCUGUCCUAGACCAGUCAUGCCCCAACCAAUCAGGAAUCCCAUAUCCAAUGCACUUAAAGGUAAAGGGACCCUUGACCAUUAGGCCCAGUCGCAGACGACUCUGGGAUUGUGGCGCUCAUCUCGCUUUAUUGGCCGAGGGAGCCGGCGUACAGCUUCCGGGUCAUGUGGCCAACAUGACUAAGCCGCUUCUGGCAAACCAGAGCAGCGCAUGGAAAUGCCGUUUACCUUCCCGCCGGAGCGGUACCUAUUUAUCUAUUUGCACUUUGACGUGCUUUCGAACUGCUAGGUUGGCAGGAGCAGGGACCGAGCAAUGGGAGCUCACCCCGUUGCGGGGAUUCGAACCGCCGACCUUCUGAUCAGCAAGUCCUAGGCUCUGUGGUUUAACCCACAGCGCCCCCCGCGUCCCUUAUCCAAUGCACUUACAGAGGUAUAAAGCAGGGAUGGGGAACCCCUGGCCCUCCAGAUGUUGUUGGACACCAACUCCCAUCAGCCCCAGCCAGCAUGACCAGUGGUCAGGGAUGAUGGGGGGUGUAGUCCAUCUGGAGGACCACAUUUCCCCCACGCCUGAUAGGUAUGAAUAUGGCGAAACAUCUUCCAACGUGCUUUAGUGGCUGGGCCUUCACCAUCUUUUGCUCUUCGCACAGGCAAUGGCGUAGGGGAUGUGUGCGAGGAGGACUUUGACAACGACACGGUGGCUGACCCACUGGAUGUCUGCCCGGAGAGCUCCGAGGUGACGCUGACCGACUUCCGUGCGUACCAGACGGUCAUCCUGGAUCCCGAGGGCGACGCCCAGAUCGAUCCCAAUUGGGUGGUUCUCAAUCAGGUACGGCAAGGGAGCUGGGAAGAUGCUGCAGGCUUCGGAGGCGAAAUAAACCCAAUUGGUUCCAUGGGCAAAAGGGGGAAGGGUCAGUAAAUCUUGGUGCAUAUUGGUGAGCCACUGGGUAGAGAAGACCUUAGUCUUUGCACAGUGCAGGAUAAGCCCCCGUUGAAAAACUUCAAAGGCCUUUGGGGUUCAUUGGGGACGAGUAGACAAGUGGUCAUGUUGCCUAUCAGGCUUGGUUCCUGGGGGUCAAGUGCCACAGGGACAUAGGAAGAUGCCCUCUACCGAAUCUGGUCUUUAAAGGGCUCUAACCACUGAGCUAUGGCCCUUCUCUCGGUGCUUGGGUGCUAGAUGCAAAACCCCAGGGGUCAGUCUGGGCAGCUGCCUUGCCCUUUGCUUAUACUCGACCGUCUCGUCACCACCCUUUCCUUCUCUCUUUUUUCUUCCCAACCUCCAGGGCAUGGAGAUUGUACAGACGAUGAACAGUGACCCAGGCUUGGCUGUCGGUAAGAGGAAUAUACAGUAUUUUUUGCUCCAUAAGGCGCACCGGACCAUAAGGCACACCUAGAGGGGGAAAUCAAGGGGAAAAAAUAUUAUUUCCCCCUGGGAGAAGCGCGCAGCCUGUCCGCUUCUCCCAGAGCUUCUCGGGGCUGCCGGGGGAAGCCCGGAUUCCCCUCCCCAGCCCCAAAGAGCAAAGAAGCCAAGACAGCGAGUGGGAUCCAUCUUCCUCUUUAGUUGUGCGCAACCUCUCCAGCCAGGCUAUGGCAAUUCCCCCACCUCCCGCAAAAGCCCACAGGAGCCGCGCACCCUUUAAGGAGCGUGUGGCUCCUGUGUGCUUUUCUACAAGGAGGGAGACUGGCCUCGUCAGUCCCUUCUCCCUCCUGGGGAAAAACCCGCAAGAGCCGCGCGGAGCUUGUGUGCGGCUCCUGGGGGCUUAUCCUGCCUGCCUCCCCCCUGCAUUCGCUCCAUAAGACGCACACACAUUUCCCCUUACUCUUUAGGAGCGAAAAAUACGGUAAACAUACUCGGCCGCCAAUGAUUCUUUGCUGCACUCAAACCAUACAGUUAAAGCACUACGAAACUGCUUGAAACGGCCAUGGCUUUCGCCCAGGAAUUCUGGGGCCUGUGAUUUGUUAUGGGUGCCAAGGGAGAGGAGACCCUGCUAUUCCCCUCGCAGAGCUACAAUUCCCAGAGCGGUUUAACAACCAAUCCCUCUGCCCAGAGAACUCUGGGAAUUGUAGCUCUUUGAGGGAAAUGGGGGGUCUCCUAACAUUUCUCAGCACUCUUCACAAACGAUAGUUCCCAGAAUCCCUUGGGGGAAGCCAUGACUGUUCGAAGCGAUAUCAUGGCGCUUGAAGCCUAUGGUCGGAGUGUGGCCUAGCCACUGUUCUUCAGGGUUUCAAGCAAGCAGAGAAAAAUACUUCCCAUCGCCUGUGCCCACCAGUCCCUUCCUCUAUCUCAGCGAGACGGCCGCUAACUCUUUUCUCCUCUCUCUAACCACGGGGCAGGGUACACAGCCUUCAACGGGGUGGACUUUGAAGGCACCUUCCACGUCAACACCAUCACCGACGACGACUACGCCGGCUUCAUCUUCGCCUACCAGGACAGCGCCAGUUUCUACGUGGUCAUGUGGAAGCAGACGGAGCAGACCUACUGGCAGGCUACGCCCUUCCGCGCCACGGCUGAGCCGAGCUUGCAGCUCAAAGUGAGUGCCAUACUCUUCAAGUGUUCCUCUUUUCCAGGGACAGUCCCAGAAUUACGAAAGCCACCACAGCUUCUGAUUUGAUCCUGAAAUGCCCAGGAUUAUGCUACCUUCUGAGAUUAUAAGUGAUCUUAAUCAUUACUUUAUACAGUGGUACCUCGGGUUACAUACGCUUCAGGCUACAGACUCCGCUAACCCAGAAAUAAUACCUCGGGUUAAGAACUUUGCUUCAGGAUGAGAACAGAAAUCGUGCAGUGGCAGUGGGAGGCCCCAUUAGCUAAAGUGGUGCUUCAGGUUAAGAACAGUUUCAGGUUAAGAACGGACCUCCAGAACAAAUUAAGUUCUUAACCCGAGGUACCACUGUAUAAUUAUACGAUAAUGAUAACCAAUGAGACAUAAUAAUAAUCAAGGUGGAUGUUGCCUAUUAACAUGAAGCAUUUAUUUAUACGCUAGUUUGUUUCUUUAUAUAACAUCGGCUUAUUUUUAUUUAUUCCUAUUCCUUCUUGAUUUAUCAUUGUCAACACAUUGCUGUUCAUUAAAUUAAGUAACCUUUAAUAUUUGCUAUUAGGUAAUAAAUUCUGAUCACGCACUUCCGUCAAGAGCUGACCUCCUCAAGUUUAGGUUUUGAAGCAAAGGCUGAUAGAUUAAAAAAAAUAUUAAUGUAUGAUUGAUUAUUCAUUACUACAUCCUAAGCACACCCUUCCUUCCAAAGCUCAGCUGCUCAAGCUGAGGUUUUGAAAUGAAUGCUGGCCCAUCUAAAUUUAUUCAAUGAUUAACUCACAUGUUUCAUGUAGAACCCAGCCCUUCUGCCAGGGAGCCUGGGAUGCUAUACAUGCCUCUGCUUGCAAUAAAAUUAUGCUCAUGACGACCCUGUGAGGGAGGUCACGUGGUGAUGCACGUGACCGAUAUACUUUCAUAUAAUUUUGUUUGUUAAGGGUGCUGAGAGUUGUUAGGAGAGAUGCCCCCCCCCCACAAAGAACCCUUUUAUUUGGUUUUUCAGAUUGAAAUUUUACAGUCACAUGUGCAACAUACAACAUAAAAACAAGAUUCCAAGGAAUCUCUUGGACUUCCCUCCUCCCCUUUGUGGGUCCUAUUGUUAAUCAUUCCCGGCUGCAUUUUUUUUUAAAUAAUCCAAAUCAUUUACCUCUCCAUUGUGUCCAAAAUGAUAUAUCAAUAGUAUCUAACACCAAGUAAAUGGGCAAAAAUGUAUAAAUCUAAAUCAAACAAAUGCUGGAAAUGUAAAGAGAAAGAAGGUUCUUUUUAUCAUAUGUCAGGGAUCAGCAAACUUUUUUAGCAGGGGGCCGGUUCACUGUCCCUCAGACGUUGUCGGGGCGGACUAUAUUUUUUUGGGGGGGUGGGAAAUGAUCAAAUUCUUAUGCCCCACAAAUAACCCAGAUAUGCAUUUUAAAUAAAAGAACACAUUCUACUCAUGUAAAAAUCCGCAGGCCAGAUUUAGAAGGCGAUUGGGCCAGAUCCGGCCCCCGGGCCUUAGUUUGCCUACCCGUGUCAUAUGUGGUGGUCUUGUAGUAAGGUUAAAACUUACUGGGAAAUGAUAUAUAAUGAAUUGAAAAGGAUGUUCAAAAUAACUUUGAUCAAAAACCCCAGAAGCUUUUCUUUUGGGAAUUAUAGGGAAAGAACUACCUAAAUUGUAUAAAAUUCACCAUUAAAAUACCGGUGAUAUUCCAAACCUACUGACGGUUUUAACUGUUUAAGAUAAGUUAUAAAUUUUCCCCAUUCCUUAUUAAAAUUUUGAUCUUCCUGAUUUCUGAUUUUUCACUCAUUUUUAGCCAUUUCAGCAUAAUCCAUCAACGUCAUCUGGGGACUGCAGUGUUGAGACUUGCUGGAAGACCUCCGUUUCCCUUCCAGAGCUACGGAGUGGUUUAACAACCGAUCCUCCUUUCCGGGGAGCUCUUGGGAACUGUAAGGGCAACAGGGAGGUCUCCCAGCCACUCUCAGCAGCCUUAACAAACUACAGCUCCCAGAAUUCUCUGCAGGGAGGGCUGGCAAUGCAGUUUAAAGUGGUAUCAUAGCGCUUCAAAGGUAUGGUGCGAACGAGUCUUGCUGAAGCAGAAACCAGCUUGGCUUCUGCAAGGCCUAAUAUUUUCUCUCCUGGCUGAAAUGAUGCGUGCUGUUUCUCCUGCUCCCCACAACCCCUCUCCUUGCUGGCAGGCGGUGAAGUCUAGCACCGGUCCCGGAGAAUACCUGCGGAACGCCUUGUGGCACACGGGCCACACCCCCGACCACGUCCGCCUGCUCUGGAAGGACCCCCGCAACGUGGGCUGGAAGGACAAGACCUCUUACCGCUUGCGGCUCCUCCAUCGGCCCCAAGUGGGCUACAUCAGGUGAGGUGUGGGGCUGCAGCGGUCGCUUCAGCGGUGAGGGGGCAGAUUGACAAGGGCAGUUUCAUGACGGGAACAGCCAAGCACCCUUCUGACAUUAUGCUACCUUCUGAGAUUAGAAGUCAUCUUAAUCAUUAUCUUAUAUAAUUAGGCGAUAAUGAAAACUAAGGAGGCAUAAUACAGUGGUACCUCUGGAUGCGAAUGAGAUCCGUUCCGGAGCCCCGUUCGCAUCCUGAAGCGAACGCAACCCACGUCUGCACGUGCUGCAAUUCACCGCUUCUGCACAUGCGCGUGACGUCGUUUUGACCGUCUGCGCACGCGCGAGCGGCGAAACCCGGAAGUAAUGCACUCCAUUACUUCCGGGUCGCCACAGUGCGCAACCCAAAAAUACUUAUCCCGAAGCUACUUCAACCCGAGGUAUGACUGUAAUAGUUAAGGUGGACGUUGCCUCCUAACCUUAAGCAUUUAUUUAUUUAUUUAUUUGCUUACUUACUUACUUACUAUUCCAUCUUGACUUAUCAUUGUCAAUACAUUACUGUUAAUUAAAUUAAGUAACCUUUAAUAUUUAUUACUAGCUAGCUAAUAAAUUCUGAUCACACACUUCCGCCAAGAGCUGACCUCCUCAACUUUAGGUUUUCGAGCGAAGGCUAGGCUGAUUGAACAACGUUUGUCAUUAAUGUACCAUAUUGGCCCGAAUAUAAGCCGCACCCAGAUAUAAGCCGCACUUUUAAAAUUCACGGGGGGGGGAGAGAAAAAGUUAAUACCUGAAUAUAAGCCACUCCUUUAAAAUCCUACAGGCACUCACACCUGUUCCAUUUUACCGUGUGCCUCUUUCAGCAGUGAUAUCGUAAAAAAGCCAAUUUUUGUAAGGCCACGAAUUUAAACCGCACUUUAACUUUUCAUGGUUGGAAUUUGGAAAAAACGUGUGACUUAUAUUCAGGCCAGUAAGGUAUUAUUGAUUGAUUAUUACAUCCUAAGCACACCCUUCCUUCAAAAGCUCACCUCCUCAAGUUGAGGUUUUGAAAUGAAUGCUGGCCCAUCUAAAUUUAUUCAAUGAUUAACUCACAUGUUUCAUGUAGAACCCAGCCCUUCUGCCAGGGAGCCUGGGAUGCCUCCCUUGCGAUAAAAUUAUCCUCACAACGACCCUGUGAGGGAGGUCACGUGGCGAUGCAUAGCCCACCCAGUGAGCAAGGGACUUGUAGAUGCCCCUCAGUCUGUGUCUGAUGUGCUGUUCACUAUCCUGCACUAUUUUCAGGGGUGACUAAUACGUUGUUUUUUACUAAUAUUUUAUGGAAAGAAUUUCAGUUACAGAAAAUAAAGCGAUGAAAGAAAGAAGAGAGACAGAAAAAAGUACAAAAAAUACAGAAAGAAAGAAAGAAAUAGUACACUAAAUAUAAUCAGUUACUCUUCCAUACAUUAAUAUAUAUAUAUAUAUAUCAUAUAUGAUUUUUAAUAGUCUACUAUGUUUAGCAUGGGACGCGGGUGGCGCUGUGGGUUAAACCACAGAGCCUAGGACUUGCUGAUCAGAAGGUCGGCGGUUCGAAUCCCUGCGACGGGGUGAGCUCCCGUUGCUCAGUCCCUGCUCCUGCCCACCUAGCAAUUCGAAAGCACGUCAAAAGUGCAAGUAGAUAAAUAGGUACCGCUCCAGUGGGAAGGUAAACGGCGUUUCCGUGCGCUGCUCUGGUUCGGCAGAAGUGGCUUAGUCAUGCUGGCCACAUGACCCGGAAGCUGUACGCCGGCUCCCUUGGCCAAUAAAGCGAGAUGAGCGCCGCAACCCCAGAGUCGGCCACGACUGGACCUAAUGGUCAGGGGUCCCUUUACCUAUGUACAGCAUAAACUCAUACCAAAUGUCAUUAUAUUUGUCCAAACAAAGUCUGCAACUAUAAGCAAUCCAUUCAUAUAUUGCAAGUGUUGUUUGAUAUGUUAAAAGUACAUCUCAGCCUUCCUUUAGCUUGUGCAGUUUGGCUUGCUCGCUCGACCUCUCUAGAGUGGCAAAGGAUAAUUUGUAGAUUGAGGGAGGGGACUAUGAAUCUGUUGGAUUGAGUGUAAGAGGGAGAUAGUAAAAAGGCUGGGGGGGGUUGAAUACUUCUCUUUCCCCACCACCGCCAGCCUCCCCUCUCCCAGCUGCCGUAGAGUCUGAGCCGUUCCUUGUUUAACAAUGUGGCCGGUCUUCUGUGUGUGUGUGUGUGUGUGUGUGUGUGUGUGUGUGUAUAAAGGGGGGGGUGGCUCAUUCCACUGGGAACGAGUUCACCCCCACCCCCUCCACUCCCUUCCCCAAGAACCAUUCACUGGAUGGGCCCCAAGGCCCAUUGUCUGGUUCACCAUGGCAACCCGAGUCUGGGUGGAAUGCUUUUGGCCCUCAGCAGACCUUUUUAAAAUGCAAAAAAAAAGGGAGAAAAGAAGUCUGGACAAUGGGGAAAGGUGGCGGGGGGCAAUCCUGCGGAGAAUAGGGCAGAGCGGGAGGAGGAGGAAUGAAGCCUGGGAACUUUCUCCCCCCCCUCCUUUGCGGAAAGAGCAGGAAAAGAGUGGGGGGGACGACAUCUCCCCAUCUCUCCACUGCAACUCCACCACCCGGCCUCUGCCCCCCCCCCCGCACCUUGAAUCGGACUAGAUCCCUAGAUCUCUGUAGACCCUCAAAACACGCCAACUUUUGACAAGAGGCAAAGAGGCCUUAUGAUGGCUUGCGCGGUUAUGGUGGCUUGGAAGGAACAUGUCCCCUAACGUCCUUUGGACGUCCUGGGCACUUCAGAGUAGCGCUGUCUUUACUCAGAGUAAAGGGUCCAGCUUUAGUUAUGUUUCUGAAUGCCGGCCAUUGGGAUCCACAGAAGAUGAAGGCGCUCUUGUGCUCAGGUACUGCUGAAUUCAGUCUGCCGAUUUUGCUGUUUCCAAAACAACGUGUGAAACAAAACCCAGCCACCCUGUGAAAUUCCUCUGAAUUUUGCAAUGCUGUCCCCCAGCCAAAUACCAGGAACGAGAAUGAAUAUACAGUGGUACCUCAGUUUUUGAAAAUCGAAAAACGGAAGCCUCCUUAUGGAAAACUCAGAAAGGAAGCCACGUUUCCUGUUCGACUUCCGAGGCGUGUUUGAAAACCGAGGUGCUUACUUCCAGGUUUUCGGCGUUUGAGUUCCGAAACGUUUGACUACAGAGGCGUUUGAAAAACGAGGUAUCACUGCACUGUGGUAAAUAGGGACCUGCCUUGUUUCUGUGACAGCAAGUUGUUUUAAACUGUUUCUAAUAUUGUGUUUUAACAUGCCCUGGGACCUUAGAAUUAAGGGCGGGUCACCCUGAAAUGGGGACAACCUGAAGUGGCGGCCUCACCAUUCUCUAGACGGGACACAAUGCUUCUGUUAUAAGCAGUUUUUACCCCUCUCUCCAUUUAGAAAGGGCCCCAGAGCAACCUGCGUGAGAUUGAUAAAAGUAAGGCAUUCCCUGACCCUCAGGCUUGCCAUGUGAAAGGUACAACACAAGAGGAGAAGGGGCUGAGGAGGGAAGAGGAAAACUCCAGGUGCCAGUCCUUACAAUAGCUGAGCCCAAAGGUGGAGUGGGUCUUCCAUCCAGUCUUUCUCAAUAUUCAGCAGCUGGGAGAGAUGGGCUGUUGCAAGAUAAGAGCUGAGGAAGGCUCAGGGUUGUCUAAGACAGGGACGACUAUCCCAGUCCACUCAUGUGUGUGCCGGCCCUGGGCUUUGCGACCUUCCCUGCUUCAAAACCAUCCUUGCAAGUCGGCUGCCAUUCAUCUACCUUCUUUCUUCUCCUGAUCAUCGUGACACCCCCCCCCAACAAGGACUUUCCACGCACCUGACCCCCUCCUGUCUCCCCCUCACAGGGUGCUGCUUUACGAGGGACCCCAGCUGGUGGCCGACUCGGGCGUCAUCAUUGACACGACGAUGCGAGGGGGCCGCUUGGGGGUCUUUUGCUUCUCCCAGGAGAACAUCAUCUGGUCCAACCUGCAGUAUCGCUGCAACGGUCAGCUGUGGGACAAUUCGGGGUGGUUCAAAGCAGGGCUUCGCUCACCUGAGCUAGGCCUCAUUCUCCUGGACCCGGGUGGGGGGUGGGAUUUCCAUGGAGGUCUUUCCCACCAGAUCAGAGUGGGGGGGGUAGUAUCCCCUCUGCCCUCCCCAAAUAGUUGAGCCUGUUCUGGGGGAAAUGACAGGAUGCUGAAAUUCUAUAUACCAGGUGGAGACAAAGGCAAAAUUUGAUUCAGUUUGCAUUUAAAGCCAUGCUUGAAAAGUUGUGCUUUUCUGAAUUUUGCAAUGCAGUUAUCCAACCGGUGCUUACCAGGAAAUGCACGUUAGGUAAAAGUAUACAUCGAAAAUGAAUAUGUUGGUUCAAAUAACAUAGAAAAGGGGUUUGUAUUAGGAGAAAUGGCAUGCAUGAUUGUGUGCAUUGAUCAAAAUGUGUUCUUCAUGAGAAAUUCACACUAAAAUGCAGAAGACUUUCAUGAGGAUUAAAAACCCCCCUCAAAAAAAUCUGAAUUUAACAAGGAGAAGAUGAAGAGCAACAGAAUCAACAGAUCCUUCCAUCAUCAGGGAUUGGGGCCCUCCAGAUGUUGAUGAACUCCCAACGCCCAUCAGCCCCAUGAUGAUGGGAGUUGUAGUUCAGGAAUAUUUGGAGGACCACAGGGUUCUUCACCCCUUUCCUAGACCCGUGUCCCAACCUAUCAGGGAUCACAUAUUCAAUACAUUUACAGAUGUGUAAAGGAGGGCUGAGGAGCACGUGCCCCUCUAGAUGGACUCCCGUCUCCCAUCUCCCCUCACUGUUGGGCAUGCUGGCUGGAGGCUGAUGGGAGCUGGAGUGCAACAACAUCUGGGAAGCCACAGAUGUUCUCCAGAGCUCUGCUUUCCAUAGGUCCAAUGCAAAACCUUGACUAUGAUGUUUCCACUCUACCUAAUACACUCUCUCUCUUUCUCCCCUCUCUCUGUAGAUACCAUCCCUGUGGACUUUGAGCCGUUCCGCCGGAUCUUACUGGAAGGGGCUUGAACUAAGGUUGAACUAAGGGCUCAGCGCCCGUCCUAGAAGUGGGCAUCAUUUCAGACCCCCAUACACAACACACACACACACACACACACACACAAUGGACUGGAAAACUAGCAGACCUCACCCCAUAAGCUUCUGGAAACCCCCAGGAGUUUGCUGGCCGCAGUCUCUUCCGUGGGGUUCUCAAGAUUCCUUGGCUACAGGGACCAGCAAAGGGUUCUGGGCCAGCAAGGGCCCAGCCAAUCAGAGAGGGUGGCGACGAAGCAAACUCCCACUAUGUCCCGUCUUUUGCUGUCUUCAUUUUGGGAAACGAUUUGUCCAUAAAAGUUCUGGCUGUUUUUCUAACUUCUUGCUCCUCUUGUUGUUUGGUGAGGGCACUGGUGGGUGGGUGGGGUCCCAAAUAGUAGAAGACUUAGUUUUCUCAGUGUUUCACCUUCAAAGGAAUCGUCUUUCAGCGAGGGAAUGAGGGAGCCAGAUAUUUAAACAGCUGCUUUAUACCACUAUGACAUCCUUUUCUUUUCUGCACCCAUAAAGAAUUCUGGGUUGAGAAGUCUUUGUUAAAAGAAGCCUCACUUCCCCAUUCGACCUCAGAGAGGACUAGAAUCCCCAGAGUUUACUGGGAAUCAUAGAGAGUUGGAAGGGACCCCGAGGGUCAUCUAGUCCAACCCCCUGCAAUGCAGGAAUCUUUUGCCCAACGUGGGGCUUGAACCCACUGAGAUUAAGAGCUUACCGACUGAGCUAUGCUUCGUGGAUCAAUAGCUAUUAAAACAGCUGACCUUUAUGUGGAUCUUAAUUUCACAUAUAUGCCCAUAGGUUGCUGACCCUGGGAUUGUAGUGGAUGGAAUCGAUCACACCACUGUGAGGCAGCUACGAAAAGACAAAAUUCAAUGCUGGGGAUUAUUAGGAAAGGAAUGAAACUACCGAUAUUGCAAUGCUGUUAUACAAAUCUAUGGUGCGGCUGCAUUUGGAAUAUCGUGUAGGGUUCUGGUCAGCUCUCCUCCAAAAGGAUAUUGUAGAACGAGAAAAAGAUUCAGAAAAGGGCAACCGAAAUGCUCAAGGGACUGGAGUUAUGAGGAAAGAUGGCAGCGUUUUUAAGUUUAGAGAAAAGUAAGAGGGUGACAUGACUGAAAUUUAUAAAAUUAGGCACAAAUGGAAAAGGGGAUGGAGAACAGCUUUUCUCCCCCUGCUGUAGCCUUAGAGCUUGUGGGCAUCCGGUGGAGAUGAUCCUUGAAAGAUUCAGGACAGAGGAAAGGAAGUUCUUCACAGAGCAGAUAGUUAAAUGUGGAUUAGACAAAUUCAUGGAGGAUCAAGCUAUCAGCCACCAGACUCAAUGGCUGUGCUCUGCCUCCACUUUCAGAAACAGCAUUUCUUUGGAUAACAGUUCCUGGGAAUCUGGGGAGGGCAGAAUACUGUUGUGCUCAGGUCCGGUUUGUCCACAGUCAGAACAGGAAGCUGGACCAGAGGGGCAAUUGACUCUUCUUACAUUCUUAUGAAUUCUGCAUCAGAGGCAAUUUUGAGCACUAAGAAAAGCAUUCCACAUAAAAGUCGAAAUUAUUAGGAACAGAGGAUGCUGUUUUGUAUCACGUCAGCUCCAUUUGGCCCAGUAUUGUCCGCACUGACGGACAGCAGCUGCCCGCCAUUUCAGGCAGGGGAGUCUUGCCCCCGCUCUACCUGGAGACACUCCAUCACUGAGCCAUGUCCCUUCCCCAGGUAUAAUUAAUACUAUCACCACCCAGAGCCGUGAGGCACCUGAGGCAGACCCCAAAACGGCUCCCACUUCCCUGCCAGAGAAGAAGGGGUGAGGAAAGAUCUACUUCAGCAACAAGGGAGAAGAAAGAUCGACAUUGGGAUCUGCUGCCUCGCUGGAAUCUGCCGCCUGAGGCGGUCGUCUCGCCAAAGAGGUUUCCUUCCUGUCGCUGAGAAGGAAGCCAUGAGAAAGUUUGCACUAGAGGUCCGACAGAAGCGAUCCGAUUGAAAAUGUGUGUCUCCGUCCUGUUGUUUUGGUGGCUCCCAAAUCCCACAAUCACCUCAGUCUUGUCUCCAGGUCUCUGGCCUUCGGAAGGAGAGCCGGAGAGGUCCUGGGUUAGGUGUGUCCCCAUGGGGCACCCGUAGUCGAACCCAGGACAGCAGGAGGCCGGGACAAGUGCAAUAUUAGCAGGAGAACGAACAACACUGCACUGUGCCCCAUUCCUCCCGCCAACCUGGAAAGAGGGACACUUGCAGGCCUCUAGCGGAGCGAGUCACGGCCGCGUCAC